UCCCGCCCGAUGCAACAUCUCUCCGCAUCGUCUUUUAUUUAUUAGUUUUUCUUUAUGAACGAACUAUCAAUCUAAUCCCAGGUCGUCUUUAUUAAAAGGAACAACACAAAAUGUCCAAUGCUAAAAUUAACCCCUUCAAGAUUGAUGUGCCCGACGCGGCUCUGAAGUCGUUACAAGAUCGCCUAAGCGUAUCAACCCUGCCAGAUGCUGUCGGCUUCUCUGAAGAUCGCGAAUAUGGUGCGCCACUGGCCGAUGUCAAGAGAUUGGUGACACGAUGGAAAGAUGGUUUCGAUUGGCGUGCGCAGGAAAAGAAGCUCAAUGAGCUGCCGCAUUUCACGACAGAUGUUGAGGUGGGGGGCUUUGGUUCGCUCACCAUCCAUUUUAUCCAUCAAAAGAGUCCUCGAAAGGAUAGCAUACCGCUUCUCUUCUGCCAUGGCUGGCCCGGUAGCUUCAUUGAAGUUAUCAAGAUCCUGCCUCUCCUAACAAACCCAGACAGCAGCCCAUCAUUCCAUGUUGUCGCACCGUCGCUGCCCAACUUUGGCUUCUCUGACGCCGUCAAGAAGCCUGGGUUCGGCAUCCCUCAGUAUGCCGAGUCCAUGCACAAGGUGAUGCUGGCAUUGGGUUAUGAUAAAUAUGUCACUCAGGGUGGUGAUUGGGGCUACAUUAUCACUCGCGUCAUGGGAUUGGACUACCCCGACCACUGCGUGGCCUCGCACAUCAACUUUAUCCCCACGCAGGAGCCUCCCAAGCUAACAUCAGCGCCCGUCACAUACCUGCAGCAUGCACUGACCAGCUACACUGAGGAAGAGAAGAAGGGUCUGGCGCGUUCUACCUGGUUCCAGAGCCGUGGCUUCGGUUACAAUCUCGAGCAGGGAACCAAGCCAUCCACGCUGGGCUUCUCACUUGCUGACUCGCCCGUGGGCAUGUUGGCAUGGAUCUACGAGAAAUUGCGCGAUUGGACUGACGACUACCCUUGGACCGAUGACGAGGUGCUCACCUGGAUUUCCAUCUACCAGUUCUCCAAAGCUGGUGCUAAUGCAAGCGUACGUAUCUAUUACGAGUCUAGAAAUACCGAGCGUGAGAAAAUGGCAAAAGCAAGAGCAUAUAUUCCCCGUGUGCUGUUGGGUCAGUCGUAUUUCCCAAAGGAUGUCGUGGUGACGCCGCUAGCAUGGGGGCGACUCUUGGGUCCAGUUGUUUUUCAAAAGGCACAUACUACUGGAGGCCAUUUUGCUGCCUACGAAAAGCCAAAGGAGCUUGUGGAAGAUAUUCAAAGCAUGUUUAAGCGGGGUGGCGGUGCCUACUCAGUGACAAAGAGCUUCCAGGCCAAGUUGUAAACUUAGUCUCAACAAGCUUUUCAAGGGGUUAUAUAUGCAGAUAUAACUUGAAUUUUUAUUGCUAUUUAAUUGAAAGAUGGAAUAACGGAAAUGAUGUUUACCACUCAAAAUAAUUCCAAACCACAAAACCGCCAUUGUUGCAAUCCUCCGUCCAAGGUCAAUCAACCCUUCAUUGUCUAUUGUCGGCGUGGAGCAUCCAGAGUACGGAGUUGCUGAUGGUUCCACAUUCUUCUCAACCAGUUCUCAGUUGGCUGCCUGGUGAUGAGAAUCAUGACAUUGUAUCGGUAUCGAUGGCCAGGGCCAGGUUCGGAAGCGGACCUGCCAUGCUGGCCAGCCGACGAGGUCGUGUAGGGGCUCUCAUGAAAGCCACUGUCGUCCCCAAAGACAUUUUGAACACGCUCGUCGUAUUCCAUGAUGCGGGGGAGCAAGUGAUUCUCCACAACGUUUUUGGCAACACAAUUGAGGCAGUCGCUCUGGGCUUGGGUGGUGGACAGGACGAUGCCACAGCCGGUGCAGUUGUAAGUAGAAGACAUGGUGAGUCGAAAAGUAUGAGUAGAAGAGGAGUAAAGCUCUUUUGUAAGAUGCUAAUAGGCAAGAUGUAAUGUAAAGUUGUGUGAUGGUGGUGAGACGAACGAAAUUGAUUUCACAGCGUCUCCCAUGGACCCUUUUAUACACGCCGGCCACCACCAAAAGCCCAUUGCCGUCCCUUCACAUCCACGAGCCUCAAGAAUCUUCACAUGAAAACCGUUGACCACCUCCAACAAAGCAAGCCGAGAGCCGCUGUAAAGCAACUAAACUCGCUCUAGCAAACCGUUGCCCCAAAACUCAAAAGUCGCACAGGGCACCAGAGUGCAACACUCCCCCAUCCAAUGCACAUCGUCGCCCGCAGGCCAACCCUCGCUAGCGGCGAUUGAUCGUUGCUCCGCCAUUGGACCACGUCAGUUACCCCUGCAGGCGAGCAAUCUGGGAAUUAGACGGGUUCUGUGAGCUAAAGUUAGCCACAGGCAAAGGUGCCUAGGCAGCAAGUAUACUUGCCACACAAGUACCUCCCGUGGCACCGAGUCAAGAGCCCAGGCGGCCGCCCAAGAAAAACUCUAUCUCGAACAAUAGCCCGCAGAUGGGGGCGGGCGUAGCGAUCAGAAGCAGACAGGCAACUCAGGUCAUCUGAAUUGGGCAUGGACCACGAGGCGUCCCGUACUUUGCUUGUUGGUCGUACUGGCUGCGGGUUCCAGCCUCGCCGAUCUUUGACUCUUGUCAGGUCAUUGACAUGCUGCUACGAGUACGAAAGUACUGCAUGUUGGGUGCUGUAUGCAUGCUGCAGCCCUUUUGGGUAAGGCUUUACGCCCCAGAAGUAUGCAUCUAGCCCCAAAAGGAGGAUACUUUGGCUCCGAGUAUCACCGCGUUGAGGCCGACAACAACAAGGGUCCAGCGCCCACUGCGGGCAACGGUGCAUGCGACAGAGGCUGGAUAAGGCUACCGGCAGUACAAGGUUGCCCUGUCAUGUGUUUGUGUGACAAGCAUUUGGCUGUGAUCGAUCAACAGUACAUUUGGCGCCUCGGAUGUCAUCCGGCUUGGUCUAGAACUCGCCGUCCACAGAAGCGUCCGCCACUUUCGAACGAGAGGUUGAUAGUCAGAGGAAGUGUGGCGAUACUAUGAAGCGAGGCCGUCGUCUAUUGACAAGGAAGGGCAAAGACUCAGCCUAUUUGGAGCAGGGGACGCGUCGUGUAGGGCGGCAGGCGAUGCAACCCUCCCUUCGGCUAUCGCUGCGGAAUAAAGUUUACCUCAACUGACCAGAGCUGACUCUCCAUCCGCGCUCGGAUCACAUCCAGUGCAGCUGGCUGAAUUAGGACAUCCGUAACCCGCUCAAUUUACUCAGAACACGAGAGAGCAUUGCCUUUCUCCUCCGCAGAAUUUGCAGGGUGGCUGCAGAGUCACGCACACACUUCCGGGUAGCGCACCCGAACAUGCCACCCCCUUUUUCCAAGACAGUUGCAACAAACAAAAAAAAGUACGUACAAGAAAGUAGAUUACAGGCCGGCUGCGGCCAAUGGUUUGUGCUAAAACUUUUCUCCACAUGAUAACGUACAAAACUCCGCGGCGCAUGACAAGACAGCUGGUGGUUGGUCCGCCCACUGUUGCUAUCAUCCCCAGGCUAAUACAUCUCUAAAGCUGUCUCAUCAAGACAAAACAAUGACGGCCACAACAGUCUAUCGUUAAAAAGAACUAGGAUUCGAUUGAGACUCCAGGUCUCGUUGAGCUAAUUAAUGCCUCUCAAUAAAAUGGCUUAUGCGUAGAAAGAUUCGAUAAAGUAAAUGAGGCCAAACAAGAGGAAGGCAACCGCGCCACCAAUAGUUACUAUGGUCCGUAUUAGCGAAACAAGCGAGAACAAAGGGCGUCUUUAGGGAAAAAGUAUACUUACCAACUUUCAUGCUGACGCGGCCAGCAAUGGCACGACCGCCAAUAACAGCCACACCAGUGCAUACGGCGUGGCCGCAGACAGCACCAAGAGUCACCCACCAAUAGUCCUGGCCAGCAGCCAUGGCAAUGGUAGCAAUCUGGCUGCGAUCACCCCACUCACCCAAGAAGGUCAUAGCAAAAGUUUGCACCCAGACAGGGCUUAUCAGGAGACCAAACAGGUUGCCAACGCCAUGAAGGGUAUCGGAGAGGCCGCCUGAGCGACGCGAGGCUCGUACGGGCGACUGUGAGGGAGAUCGGGGCGGUGAUGAUAGCAUGCCUCCCUUUGAUCGAGGGCUACGGCCCAAGCCCAUCUCCAAGGCCUCGCCAGAUAAUUGCGUGUGGCGACCGCGACCCAUUUCCUUUUCCUUUUCAGCAAGUUCUUGUUCGACUUCAUGCAUCUCGGCGGCAACACCUUCGUUGGGAUCCAUCUUCAUUCCUUCAAGGAGAAGCUUGGCGCCAAAGACGAAGAAGAGGCCGGCAGCGAGGAAGCUGGUAAGGCGUUUGGGAAUUAGAACAGGGACGGCAUGGCCCAAUACAGCAGACAAGACAGUCAUCACCAGUAAUGCGCCAAAUGCAGCAGAGAAGACAACCAUGCGAUCAUGCUUCAUAGCCAUUAGAGCUGCCACCAAGAAGGUCUUGUCACCAACUUCAGAGACGAGAAUCAUGGUGAGAGAGAGAAUAAAUGAGUGGAAGGGCUGGAUGAUGCCUUCGUCAUCGGUGCCAGUCUGUGUAAUCGUCGUCGGUUUGGUUUUGGAGGAGGAUGGUUUAUUAACGUUGAGAUGUUCUUUAUCAGCAGAAUGCGGCACGGGCUGCUUGUCGCGGUUCAUUUCGGGUAAGUCAUCGGGUUUCUGUGCACAAAGUGUUAGUAAAGAAUGAGAACAGCUUACAACUGCGGAGUGCCUACGUCGAGUCCUGUGUAUGAGAUAUCUUCUUUUUCCGUCUUGCUCUUGGAGACGUCCUUUUCCUUGUCCUGCGUCUUGUCUACCGGCUUGGGCUUUCCUUUGUUGAGCUUCUCCUCUGCACUGUGAGGCAGUGGAGGCUGUUCCUUGGGGGCUUCAACCUUGGUGAUGCUCUUCUCGCCAGUCUUAUCCUCCUGUUCCUUGCGGACCUUGUCUUUCUCGGUCACACCACCUUCGGUACCAGUCUUGCCUUCCUCAGGCUUCUGGCGGCCUUUGUCGGCCAUGAUAUUGUCGUUUGUUUCGGGGAUCUUUUUGCCAUCAACAAUGGUAGGGUCCUUGGGUUUGCCCUUGAGGGGAGCAGUGUCCUUUGAUGGCUUUGUAUCUAUGGAUGCUGGUCUGUCGGUGUCCACAAACGGACCAAGAUGGGGUUUGCCAUCUUUGCCAUCGACGGGAGCGUCCUUGGUACCAGUUACUGGGCGGCCAGGGAUAGCAAUGGCAGCAUCCUUAUCGGCCUUGUCGCCUCGGGGGAGACCGGCAGCUUGGUCGGCAGAUGCAGGAGUAGACAGUCCAGCGACCAGAGCAGGCAGAAGCAGGAGGACCAGCGACGACUGUUUCGAGGUCAACCGCAUGGUGAUGGCGUGCGAACGAAAAGUUGUAUCGAAACGUCGGAGGAAGCGAAUUCGCAGAUCGGCAGGGCUGGAGCGACAGAUGAGUCGAAAGUAUUAAUUUGUUGUAGACUGAUUUAAGCCAGUAUCAUGGGCGUAACUGGCAGUAGAGUCGAAGUGGAAGCGGUUGGAGAUGAAGCUGGAAGUUGCGAUUUUGAUGAUGACGCAAGUUCAGGGGUCGUUGGAGCCAGUGUAUGAAAUACAGGGGGAAAAGAAGGGAAGUAGGCAGUAUGAUUAAAAAAUGAAUGGGGGUUGAAUGAAGAGUGUCGCAGAAGAGAAAAUAGAAA